UCUUAAUGCUUCCAGCUCAGGAAUAGACAUAUGGAUGGAAACAAAACUUUUCCCAGUGACUUCACCUUCGUGGGGCUCUUUACUCACAACAAAUCCUCAGGAUUCCUUUUCAGUGUUAUCUGUGCCACAUUCUUCAUGGCCAUAAUGGCUAAUGGGGUCAUGAUUUUUCUCAUUCACAUAGAUCCUCACCUCCACACCCCCAUGUAUUUCCUCCUCAGCCACCUCUCCUUCAUCGACAUGAUGUAUAUCUCCACUAUUGUGCCUAAGAUACUGAUUGAUUACCUUGUGGGCAAAGGGACCAUCUCCUUUGCCGCCUGUACAGCGCAGUACUUUCUCUACAUGGGCUUUGUAGGGGCUGAGUUCUUCCUGCUGGGACUUAUGGCCUAUGACCGAUAUGUAGCCAUCUGCAACCCACUCCGUUAUCCUGUCCUCAUGAGUCGGAGGGUCUGCUGGUUUAUUUUGACCAGCUCUUGGUUUGGUGGUGCUUUGGACAGUUUUCUCCUCACUCCCAUCACCAUGAGUCUCCCAUUCUGUGCAUCCCACAAGAUCAACCACUUUUUCUGCGAGGCUCCCACGAUGCUGAGGCUGGCCUGUGGUGACAAAGCCGCAUAUGAAAUGGUGAUGUACAUCUGCUGUGUUGUGAUGCUGUUGGUCCCCUUCUCAGUGGUGAUCACAUCCUAUGCACGGAUACUUGUCACAGUACAUCAGAUAAAGUCAGAGGAAGGGAGGAAGAAGGCUUUUGCCACUUGCUCAUCACAUGUGAUUGUUGUGACUUUAUUUUAUGGGGCUGCUUUGUACACCUAUAUGCUUCCCCAAUCCUACCACACCCCACUCAAAGAUAAAAUCUUCUCAGCCUUUUACACUAUCCUCACCCCCUUACUAAAUCCUGUUAUUUACAGUCUGAGGAACAGAGAUGUGGCAGGUGCUUUGAAGAGAGUGAUAGUAAGACAUAGAGGGACUUGCAGUGUGGAGAGGAAAUAAUUACAAGAAGCUAAAAUUCCUGUGCCUAU